AUGGAUUCUGGAGUGGGUGAUUUUAACCUCCCGGUAGGGGGAAAUACCGACUUCCGAAUGGAAGAUUUCGAUCCCCAAGCAGAAGAUUUUGACGACCAGCUGGGAGAUUUUGACUUCUCGAUAGAGGAUAUGGAUUUACAAAUGGCAGACAACUACCAUAUCGAGAAUAUGGACUAUCUAUUGGACAACUUCGCAUUCGACAACCUCGAUCCUGGUAAUGUGUCAAGCGAUCAACCUAGUCGUAACAGGACGAGAGAACAGUCGCAAGAAGGAGAAGCUAGUGCUCCGUCGAGCCCAGAUUCUCAGGCCUUCGUUAACUACUUCGAGUGGACGGAGAACAACCUACCCAUCGGGGUAUCUUUCGACCCUAAUGCCCCGGCGGUUACCCCUGCAUUCCUGCGCGGAUGGACUUAUAGGCCUGAACAGCCAGCCGAGCCAGAAGACGAAAACCAAGUUGUUUUCAUGGGUUCGCGUGGGACUGGGUACCGCUCAGAAAUGGUUACGCCUGCCGAGGUUGCCGGGAACGAGCCCGCAGUUCGUCGAUCGUCUCGCCGCAGAAUCGCCCCUCGAAUUCCAUUUCCUACUCAGCGACCAGCAUGGGCGAUGCUCGCGACGGAUUUUAAAACCGUUUCUACUAUUCCGAACGACGUCUCCCUGUGGUGUCCUUGCUGUACACGGACACUCCCGAGUAGCAGUUUCAGGGUGGCGCCUAAGAACCAUACUCCAAUGGAGACAUGCAUUGAUUGCAGAAAGCGACAGGUAUUACCUCAUAAUGGUAUGGCUAUCUGCUGGAGCACAUCAUCGGAUCGCAAAGGCUGUGGAAGAUUUCUCCCCCGGGCUAAUUUCUCUAGCUUUCACAAUUACGCAACUUUUACGGGUAUUCUUUGUCGAGAUUGUAGAGCUUUCGGCCCAGGUCGGGUGAGAUUCGAGGGGAGAUAUAUUGAGAGGAGGCCAUGA